UAGACAUAAAGCAGACAGAACUGGUAGCAGUAAGCAGACAAGCUGUCAAAAAACUUUGAAAUCAAGCGUCUGAAGAAACAUGGAUGCAAACAACCCACCUCCACCACUUUCAGCCAAGUUUAAAGAGGAGCGUUCUUUGUGGCGAUUUUCUAGCAUUAAAUUCAAAUUGGUAAAAUCCAAGAACAUUUUGCUCUUCUUAUUGCCAAUCACAGUCAAGUGCAUGUGUGUUAACAGUUAAGUCAAUGUUUCACACUUGUCAACUGGUAUCAGCCAAUCAGAGUUUCCUUCGCUUACCCAACAGUAAAGGAGCGAAUGCCAUCUAUAGUUGCAGGUGUAGCAGACACUGCCUUCAGAAGUAAAGUUUGGAUAAAAGAAAAAUAUGGAGAGGAAGGAUCUGAGGAUCUAAAGAAGGUAGCUGGGGGUGUUUCUAAACUGAGAAAUGAGAUGAUGACAGGAAAAGUUCUCAUUCCAAUUACUGACACUCGCUCUGAUGUCAAGCUGUGGAAUGAUUAUCUAAGGGAGGUAACAGAGAGAGAUGGUGAGGAACCAACCUGGUUUGUCUCCCCUUGGCUCUAUGUAGAAUGUUACAUGUAUAGACGAAUACAGGAAUCUGUUGAAAAAUGCAAUAUAUUAAACAAGUUUGACGUAUUUAUGGAUCAGAAACGGAAGUCUCUGCUCGAUUCUGCUCAACCUACAUUAAUACUGCUCAACUAUCUAAUGACUGUUGUGAACGACCUUGACUCCGGUGAAACAUCUGACAAACAAAAACUAUUCAAACAGCUGAUGCAGAUCUCCCUGUGGGGAAACAAGUGCGACUUGUCAAUCUCAGGUGGUCAGGACAACGCACAAACUUCCUGUCCGUUAGAUCAAGUAAACAAACUCAGGCAGUUCAUACUAAGAGAUGACCUCGACCAAGUCUGGCAGCAUUUAAGCUCUAAAUCACCAUCCAGGGUUGAUAUAGUUUUGGACAAUGCAGGGUUUGAACUUAUCACUGACCUUUGUCUGGCUGAGUUUCUUAUCUCGGCCAAGCUUGCCAGUAGUGUGCAUCUUCAUGCAAAAGCGUUCCCAUGGUUUGUGUCUGAUGUAACAAAGGAUGACUUUGACCAUACAUUCCAAUUCUUUAUGCAGAACAAUAGCUUAGCCAUGGACAUGUUUCUGAAGAGAUGGAAAGGGAGGAUAGAAGAUGGUUCCUGGGUAUUUAAAGUUCAUGAUUUCUGGACAUCACCGUUUGCCUACUGUGAUAUGAAUAAAUACAUGCCAGAAUUAUAUACAGACCUUGGCAAUUCCACGCUUAUUAUUUUCAAAGGAGAUUUGAACUACAGGAAGCUUGUAGGUGACAGGAAUUGGCCUACUACCACACCAUUUGAAGAUAGCCUGUGCGGCUUCCACCCGGCACCUCUUUGUGCCUUAAGGACUCUGAAAGCAGAUUUAGUGACUGGUCUGGAAGAGGGAAAAGCGGAAGAAGUUAAAGAACAGGAUAGGAACUGGAUGAUUAAUGGUAACUGGGCUGUGGCAGUUUACUGUGACAGAAUUGUGCAAUAAUGUAAGCAAAAAUUGUGGAAUAAUGUAAGCAAAAAUUGCGGAAUAAUGUAAGCAAAAAUUGCGGAAUAAUGUAAGCAAAAAUUGUGGAAUAAUGUAAGCAAAAAUUGUGGAAUAAUGUAAGCAAAAAUUGUGGAAUAAUGUAAGCAAAAAUUGUGGAAUAAUGUAAGCAAAAAUUGUGGAAUAAUGUAAGCAAAAAUUGUGGAAUAAUGUAAGCAAAAAUUGUGGAAUAAUGUAAGCAAAUAGAAUGGGAAUUUAAAGAUUGUUUUGAUACUGCUUCAAUGUUUAGGGUUGAAAAUGUACACUAUUUUUGUGACUUAAAUGCAUAUCCAGUGUACUUUUUAAGACUCAAAAUGCUAUUUUUUACAUUUUCAUUUUACAAAAUAAUUCCUGCUCUUGUAUCAGUCAAUCAUGUUGUAUAAGAGUAAUAUGGGAGUUUUGAUUGUUGUUUUGGAAUAUCAUGAAGUUUAUAUAAUCUAUAUACACGGCUACUGUCCAAUUAUCAAGUAAAUUUUUUCCAUUUUUCUUAUAUAAAAAUUCUUUACUAUUAUAAAUUUGUUAUAAAGUUUCCUG